AUGAAACAACAACAACGACCGUCGACGACACCGAAGAAAGCUGUUCAAUUUAGUCCGUCGAUACCACAGAUAAAUAUCCCGAAUCUUCCGAGUAACUUUCAUUCAAGAAAGCGGCACGAAGAGCUCGUCCUGAAACGUCUCCGGAAUGUCGUGAAUCGCGAAGAUAAUGGCAAUGCGGAAUACGGACCCAACGCUUCCAGAAGGUUUGACGAUGAAGACUCCAAAGUCGUGUUGGAUCGUGAUUUUAUACUUGAUUGCUUAUGUUGGCAUAAUGAAUACAGGGCACGGCAUAUGUCGCCAGCAUUGACAAUUUCCAAUGAAUUGUGUGAAAAAGCUCAGCGAUGGGCCGAUAAACUAGCAGCGUCGAAUGAAUUUUACUACAAAACGAACGAGAAAACCUUGGGACAGAAUCUCUUUUGUUGUCCCGCCAACAACGUUUUGACUGAUCUAACAGGACAAGAAGUGGCCUCCUAUUGGUAUAAGGAAGUAAAAAAGUACGAUUUCUUCAAGGAAGUGUCUUUGUUGCACACGAACGUGAAUACAGGGCACUUUACGCAGAUGAUUUGGUGCGCGAGUCGUUACUUUGGCGUCGGAAAAGCCUUUUCAAAGACCGGGAAAAUGUUUGUUGUGGCAUUUUAUUUCCCGUGCGGCAACAUUGUUGAUAAGUUUCAGUAUAACGUUCUUCCACCGAACUUAGAGGAAACCGAUGCCGAAAAUAACAAUAGCAAAUAGACAAAUGCUCUUCCAACAAAAUCUUUUAAUAGAAUAUCUCAAGUCUACCACAGAUUACUACAAAUCCUCAAAAUAGAACGUAGCAACACAAUUAGGGACGAUAACGAUAACAACUAGAAAUCUUAAGAAACACGCAUUUUUACACAAUUUGCACCCAAUUUCCACAAAAAAGCCCUCCCUCCCUCAAAAACACGCCCUCAUGUACAAUAUAACGAACAAUGAAAGUCACGCAUUUGGGACC